CGCGUCGGGCUGAGGGCGGCCGCCGCUGCCGGCGCCCAAGGACAAGGGGCUGAGGCGAACACGACGACGACGACGCCGCCGCCUCCGCCGCCAAGAUGGAGGGCGGCGGUAGCGGGGGGCACAAGGGCCCCGGAGGGCUGUCCGGGCUGUUCGGAGGGGCCGGGCCCGGCUACUCGCACGCCGACUUGGCCGGGGUCCCACUUACAGGUAUGAGCCCGCUUUCACCAUAUUUAAAUGUGGACCCCAGGUAUCUUGUACAGGACACAGAUGAGUUUAUUUUACCCACUGGCGCUAACAAAACUCGGGGGAGAUUCGAAUUAGCCUUCUUUACCAUCGGAGGAUGCUGCAUGACAGGGGCUGGAUUUGGGGCAGCAAACGGCCUACGGUUGGGACUGAAGGAGACACAAAGCAUGGCCUGGUCCAAACCAAGAAACGUACAGAUUUUGAAUAUGGUCACCAGGCAAGGGGCGUUAUGGGCUAACACUCUCGGGUCUCUAGCUCUGCUGUACAGUGCAUUUGGCGUGAUUAUAGAGAAAACACGAGGGGCAGAAGAUGACAUCAACACGAUAGCAGCUGGGACCAUGACUGGAAUGUUGUACAAAUGCACAGGUGGACUGCGGGGCAUAGCACGAGGUGGACUGGCUGGGCUAACGCUCACUGGCCUCUAUGCUCUCUACAACAACUGGGAGCACAUGAAAGACUCCGUGCCCCGCCAAUCACUCUGAGGGCCGCCUCACCGAGGACUGAGCGAGGGAAGGAGAGGUGCCACCGAGUCUCCACGGCAGUUGGUAAAACUGAUCCGCGCUGGUUAUUUUUUUUUUCCCAUCCACAUCCCAUCAGAUCCCAUCAUCUGUGGUUCCAGCCCAGCCCCAUCGGAGACAAAAGGCGGUGGCAGAUGGCCAAGCGAGCGGCCCGCCCCUCACCCUCUCAUUUGAACACAAAACCCCGUUUUCUUGCGUUAGGAAUGUGCAUCGACCACCACCGGAGGACCGUGAACUGUACUGACACUGCUUUACCCCCAAUAAAGUAUGUGUUCCUAGAA